UUGGGAUGACACUUGCCUAGCAAACAGUAAUGGGGACUACUGCGUCAAAGAGAAUCAGGCAUUGUCGAAAACAGUCAUUCAAGACCACAGUUUUCAAGAAGAGAAAUGGUUUCAAGUCCCAAAUCCGGCUUGCCAGGAACGGGUUUGUUCCAAGACCACCAGUCAAAGAAGAUUCCUUGUCAAUCACUUCGUUCCAGGGGGAGGAGCCGUAUUUAGCGCCGCCCAGAAAUAAGAAAAAAGAUAUCAUCCCAGACCCUAAAAUGUUUGAUGCUAUUGAUAAGCACGCUUUACAGGCACCAAACAGCGUCCGAACCUCAGUUAAAGAUCUCGCAGUCUACCUAAUGAAACCCGCCACCAGCGACCUGGAAAAACUGAGAGCUUUCUACUGCUGGAUUACCAACAACAUCAGAUAUGACGUGGAGGGAUUUUUUAGCGGCAACCACACACCGAGUGACGCAGCCUCGGUGCUGAGGUAUAAAAUAGCCGUGUGUCAAGGCUACAGCGAACUCUUCUACGCGCUCUGCAAGAUAGCUCGGAUUCCUUGCCAAAUCGUCUCUGGCUUUGCGAAGGCAUUUUCCUACAACCCAGAGAUUCCUUACACCUCGUCUUCUCAGACGAACCACGCCUGGAACAUUGUGGUCGUUAACGGGGAAUGGCGACCAGUGGAAUGCACGUGGGGAGCCGGUUGUCUUGGAGACAAUAACGAGUUCAACUGGAAGUUUAAAGAGUUCUACUUCCUCACAGAUCCCGAGAUGUUCGUGCACGCGCACCUGCCUUUCAUGAAGAGAAACGAGAAGGCCAGCCAAGCGUAUCAGCUCCUGAAACCAGCCGUUUUGCUGCGUGAGUACAACAGAUCCGUCAAACCGCAUUACCACAGUUUGGAGUGGGGGAUAGAGUUCCUCUCCCACAAGGAACACGUCAUCCAGGUGUCCAAAGAACUGGACAUCCAGCUGCAAGGAUUAAGACCGCUGCUGGAGAACGUGACGUGUCACUUCGUCGACAGAUCCACGAAGCAGGACUACAAGAGGUUCACGAUGAUCUUACGGAUGAGCGACGGAGUCUUCAAUAUUCACAUUCGUCCUCAGCAUCCAGGCAAGUAUGACCUCACCAUCUUCGGUAAAGUGGACAGAGAUGCCAAACAGUACAGCCCGAUCGUGGAUUACAUUAUCGUCUGCAACGUGGCCAGUCCUUCGAAGCAUCGCUAUCCUGAACACCAUGCGGCCUGGGGGAUGACCAAGAGGGUUCUGGAGUACGGCUUCACAGACGAUAUUUUGUCAAAAGCUACUUUCUACACGGGUACUGGAGAACUGGAGUUUCUUAUUGGCACUACUAAAUACGUUCCAGUCACCACCGAUCUUGUAUACGCAGAAGAGGAGAUAGAAAACCUAAAAGACUACGUCAUGUGUAGUUACGCAACAAACGCGUUAAAGGUGUGUGUGAAAUUUCCAAAGCCUGGUUUUUAUGCGAUAAAACUCUUUGCCAAAAUGUCGACAGAUUCUAAAUACGAACUCGUCGGGGCUUUGCUAACUGAAAGUAAAACCUCUCCCGCCAGAUGCAAGCCGUUUCCGAGAUACCAUACUGCAUGGGGAGCUCUACCCAAAGCUGUUGAAUAUGGCUUCCACCCAGACAUCUUUUCUUGCAGCACUUUUACUUCGACCGAUGGGGAACUGGCGUUUGACCUGGCGAUUCGUAAAAACAUCCCUGUUACGUGUAGACUGGAGUACGCAGGAAGAGAUACAGAUCUCAAAAGAUAUGUGACAGUAUUAUUCAGCUCAAACUACCUAAGCGUCAAGGCUAGAUUCAACGAUGUUGGUUUCUAUGCCAUAAAGCUCUACGCCAAAAGACAAGAGGGGUUAUCGUACGAUCACGUCGCCUCAUUCUUGGUUAGUAACAAAAGUGUUAAUCCAAAUUGUGCUCCCUUCCCUCACAGUUUUCCCAAAGCGCUGGAGUGUCGAUGUGUGGUCCUAGAACCCUCAAGUGGAGACUUGGCCAUCAACAAGAAAACACUCUUGCGUUGCAUUGCACCCACGAUGAAACGUCUGAUGGUGGCAGACGAAAUCUUUUCAGAGAAAUAUGGCGACAUCUUUGAAAUUUCGAUGAAGCCUGAAUCCCAGGGGGAUUUUAAUAUUUUUGGAAGCACGGAACAUUCGGGAAGCCUUGACGCAUUAUUUAAGUUUCAAGUGGUGCCAAAGAUAUGGAAACUUAAAAAAACGUAACCCGUCAUCCUAAUUCUACUCGUGCGAAAAAACACUGUCGAAGAAAACGGUACAGUUGUGUAGGAUGUCUCACACCAAACCAGUUCACGUAUAUUAUUAUUUUAUAGGCUGUGAAACUUCAAAGCUGUUGUCGAAUUAUUUUAAUUUGUUGGUGGUAGUCAACCUCAGUAUUAGCCAUGUGCGGUAUUGUCAGCAUACCAAUAUAUUAUUAUUCAAAGGUUAAAUAAGACGUUUUACGAUACACUCUGCCUGUACCGAUACACUCGGUAAUAUCCGUAUUUCAUGUUGGCUUCCAGUCAAAAACACUGAUCUCGUGGCUACGACUGGUUGUUUCAACCCAUAGUGCAUAGUUGUUAGAAAAGAAGAAACUGGCUUGACUAAAUAAACUUUUAGAACACAGAGGUUAUCCAUAGUUUUUGUGAUUUAAAUAGCAAGCUUCAACUUACUGUUGAGACUUCUCUAAACAGGCCCGAAGGAACUGGGGAGGCGGUGGAUGUGGCCCACACCUCACUUGAGGAUGAAAAUGUAUGGAGUGUUCUUUCUUGCCCUACUGUAUACAAAGAUAAAACUCUGGCUUGUGCCCUUCCCCCUUCACUAGAGAUUGUGCCCUCCCCCCUCCCCUUCAUGUCGUUCCCACGGGCCUGCUAAAUAAUAUGUAUUGUGAUACAGGGUACCCAUAUCUCGAUAUACAAAAAUUAUCAUUAUACCCAUGACAACUAAUGUCAUCAAAACACUGAAAGACCAAGUCUAAAACUAUUUAUAUCUUUAUUGAUCUUAAUAAAAACUGAAAAUUGAAACAAGGAAAUUAUGCUAAUUAUUACAUGUACAUCAACCAAAUUGUAUUAUAAUACUGUUUUACAAUUACCGUAUGGAUAAAUACAGAUGGAUACACUGGCCAUGCUAACAGAGUUAACUAUCGGCUUCAGUGAUGCAGACGUUUCAAAUUACUGUUAAGGUUCAUAUAGAUUGGAUGCGGCGCGUACCCGCGAUCCAGCUUUAAAAAAUCAGAAUACGUUAGUUUCAAUGAGUGUCCAGACCGGAUGCUUGUGAUGCGUGCUUCUGAAAACGCACGCGGCCAGCCGCAAUGAUAUAAUCAUAUUUGGUGUAUAUGCCUUGACACAAACAUUCUAACCGCACGCACGCGCCGCUUCCAGUCUCUAUGAGCCUUUAGGUACCGGGUUCUUGUCUCGAUACCAGGUACUGAACUUAUAAGACUAGAAACACGAUCAUCUCUAUACAGUUCACCCGUCAGUGAACCCAUUGGGCCAUUUCUCGUUCCAGCUAUUUGGUGUCUAACAUGCGGUUAUUUUAAUGAAUACUGGGGCGGUUCCAGAAUUUUGUAAAGGGGGUCACAAAAUUCUAAAAAGUGUAAUCUGGAGUCGGGGCAUGCUCUCUGGAGAUUUUAGAAAUAAAGAUAGCCAGAGACGUGCUUUCACGGCAAUUUAGUGUUGUAUAUUGUGAAUAAUGAAUUAUUUUUUGUUGUCUUCAAAAAAGGGCAUUUAAAAUUGGAAGGGGGGGGGGGGGGG